AUGAACUACCAGACUCUCAGCAUGGCACACGAUGUCUCUGAGCUCGAGCUCGACGCAGGGAGCCGGCCAUCUUCGCGCUCCCACCCGGACCCGGUCUCCGCACCGCGACCAACUACCUCCGCACAGAGCUUCACGCCCCGCUCGCUCAUUGUCGGCUUGCUGAUAGGUGCUUUGAUCACUUUUUCAAAUACAUAUUUCGGCCUUCAGACGGGUUGGAUUAGUACUAUGGCUAUGCCGUCGGCUUUGAUCGGGUUUUCAGUCUUCAAGGUCUUGGCGAACCAUCUAUCGUUCCCAUUCACGCCGAUUGAGAAUGUCUUGAUUCAGACUGUCGCUGGAGCUGUGGGGACUAUGCCUCUUGGCUGUGGAUUCGUGGGUGUGAUUCCCGCUUUGGAGUUUCUAUUGAAAGAAGGCGAGGAUGGGCCGAAUGGGGACGGUGGGGAAGUGGUGUGGAGCUUGGGGGUCUGUUUGUUUGGUGUGGUUUUUGCUGUUCCGCUGCGGAAGGAGGUCAUCGUGCGGGAGAAACUGAAGUUUCCGAGUGGUACUGCUUCGGCAUUGAUGCUGAAGGUCUUGCAUGGAGCUGGGAAGGAUGAAAAGACGCUGCUCGAGCCUCAGGAUCGGAUUAUUGAAGCGGAGGACUCUAGCGAAGCUGCUCUUAGGCAGGAAGAGGAGGAAGAAUUGCUGGUGAAAGAUGUCGACACUGAAGAUCAAGCCGCCCAUCAAAAAGAUUGGAGGUCGAAGAUGCGCCUCUUGGUCGGUGCUUUCGUAGUGUCUGGUGUCUACACACUGUUUUCAUACUUUGUCCCCUUAGUCCACGAUAUUCCUUUGUUCGGCGUGGGUCUCGCCUCCAACUGGCUAUGGACCCUUAACCCAUCGCCUGCAUACAUCGGUCAGGGUAUCAUCAUGGGCCCAUCAACAUGUAUGCAUAUGCUUUUCGGAGCGGUUUUAGGAUGGGGUAUCCUUUCUCCGCUGGCCAACGCUCGCGGGUGGGCGCCAGGACCCGUGGACAGCUGGGAGGACGGUAGUAAAGCAUGGAUUGUGUGGAUCUCCUUAGCAAUUAUGCUUGCUGACUCCCUCGUUAGCCUCGGCUGGCUUGUGGUCAAGCCUCUGGUAAAUUGCGCUCCUACCUGGAUGGCUUGGUUCAGAUCCACUCGUGUCGGUGGGUGGAUUGUAUUGCGGUUGCAGUCUUCCGAUUCUCACCAGCACUCCUACAUCAAUUACUCCUCAUUGGACUCCAAUGGCAACUCUUGGUCUGAUAAUGCUGUUCCCGCCACGGUUGUCGAAGAAGAUGAGGAUGCACCUCCGUCACAGCUUAUCUCAACCCGCACAGUGGUGGUUCUCCUCCCGUUAACCCUUAUCUUGAACGUCAUCUGCAUGCACUAUGUUUUCGGAGACAUCAUAUCCCCGGCCUUAUCAAGUCUCGCGACUCUCAUCGCAGUUCUUCUAUCCAUUAUGGGCGUGCGAGCCCUUGGCGAAACAGAUCUGAACCCAGUAUCUGGAAUCAGCAAACUCACGCAACUCCUCUUUUCCCUGGCCACACCAGCGUCGCACUUCUCUAGACGCACAGCGCUGGUCACGAACCUGCUCGCGGGAGCCGUCUCCGAGUCCGGUGCCCUGCAAGCAGGUGAUAUGAUGCAGGACCUGAAGACAGGCCACCUCCUCGGUGCAAGCCCUAAAGCUCAAUUUUAUGGCCAAAUGAUCGGUAGUAUCUUUGGCGCUGUACUAUCUACAGCUGUCUACAAAAUGUACGUCAGCGUCUACGAAAUUCCUGGAGACAUGUUCCAGACGCCGACGGCAUACGUUUGGAUCUUUACCGCGCGCCUGGUCACAGGUCAGGGCCUACCCGAAAUGGCUUGGCAGGCGUCUUCUAUCGCAGGCGUUAUCUGGAUGGUUCUAACAGGCGUCCGUAUCGUGGCUGCGUCUCCUGCCUUUGCGCAGAAUGGUAAACCGCCAGCUUGGAGGGACUGGAUCCCUGGUGGUAUUGCUGUGGCGGUUGGCAUUUUCAAUGUUCCCUCUUUCACCCUGGCGAGGGCCAUUGGUGGUGCCAUUGCUUGGUGGUGGGCGCGAAAGCACGCUUCUCCUGCUCGGCCGGUGUCUGCUGAGGGCAGCAAUGGGCUUGAUCCCGGUUCUUCAACAGAAGUGCAAAGAGGACAAGAGGACUCUUCGUCCGCCCAGGAACGUGAGAAAGCGGACGCCGCUUCUUCGACUGUUGUUGUAUUGGCGUCGGGUCUGAUUCUAGGCGAGGGGAUUCUGAGUAUUGUGAAUCUCCUUCUCGCUAGCGGGCAUGUGCCUCAUCUCUAG